GGGUUUCCCCUGGGGCGAGUUCAGAGCCGACAAAACGUGGCGAGACGGUGGUUCCCUGAACACCCUGUUGUUUACGCAAGCGCACAGCAUGUUCCUGCCUUUGGUAACACCUGUACCCAAACAGAAGAAAACGUUGCAAAGAAACAUGUCGUUCAAUCCGAAAACGUUGUAAAACGUUGCAACUUGAACUCGCCCCACCUAAAACCCCGUGUUUCACGUCACAACGCUAUGAACUGUGGGUAAUUGGCACACAGUGUUGAGUUCCUGUAUCAGCCUGAAGAUCUCCGAGACCAGAAUCCAGACUCAGUCCAGGACAACACGGUCCACCAGUCACAGCGGAGACCUGCAGGACAACAUAGAACCAGAACCCGGACCACAGGAGCCAAACAGCAGCCUCGUGCUCUGAUAGCACCGAUGUUCAGAAACGGAGAGGAAGAGAGGGACUCAAACGUCGCCACCAGGGAGAAACCAUACUGCUGUGACGAGUGUGGGAAACAUUUCACUAGAUUAGAUAUUUUGAAAGUCCACCAACGUAUUCACACUGGACAGAGACCAUACCGCUGUGACCUGUGUGGGAAAGCUUUCAAUAUAUCAAGUAACUUAAAAACACACAGUCGUGUUCACACUGGAGAGAAACCGUACAGCUGUUACCAGUGUGAGAAAGCUUUCAAAACAUCAGGUGACCUAUACAGACACAGACGUAUUCACACUGGAGAGAAACCGUACAGAUGUGACCAGUGUGGGAAAGCUUUCAAUACAUCAAGUGACCUUGAAAGACACAGACGUAUUCACACUGGAGAGAAACCAUUCAGAUGUGACCAGUGUGGGAACGCUUUCAAUACAUCAAGUGACCUGGAAAGACACAGACGCGUUCACACUGGAGAGAAACCAUACAGCUGUGACCAAUGUGGGAAAGCUUUCACUAGAGGAGGAGAUCUAAAAAGCCACUAUCGAGUACACUCUGGAGAGAAGCCAUACAGCUGCGACCAGUGUGGGAAAGCUUUCACUAAAUCCGACAUGUUAAAAGUUCACCAACGUAUUCACACUGGAGAGAAACCGUACAGCUGUGACCAAUGUGGGAAAGCUUUCACUAAAGCAGGUAACCUAGAAAGACACAGACGUAUUCACACUGGAGGAAAACCGUACUGGUGUGAACAAUGUGGGAAAACCUUUUCUCAGAGUGGUCACCUUAAAUGUCACCAACGUAGCUGUGUAGUUAUAUUCUGAGCUUCUCUACAAACCGAGGGAUAGACAACAGCAGGGGCGUUGCUACACAUAAAGCUCUACUAGGGCACAUGCCCCCCCGAUAUAAUUUUUUUGAAAGCGUAUGGAAUGAGUUAGUGUGUGCUUAACCAACUUCCCUUGCCCAUUAUUAUUGGCACUGAUAUGACUUUGACGACACAUAAGCACACAUACCUACGUCACCCCCACAGCCGGUCCUGACCUCCUUGAGGCCCUAAGCAAAAUUCUGCCAUGCAGCCCUCCUACCUGACGUGUGAGCCACGUAAACAAUUUGCCAUUGUUGCACCGUCACACCUGACUCCACAGUGCUCUAACUACAAUCCUCCCCCCUUUAAAACAGUCUGUCUCUUCUUGUGCCCUUAAGGAUAGUCACUCUUCAUCCUCUAAUCAAUGUUGUAAAUACUCACUUUUGCCUUUUGAUGAGUUAUUCUGCAAUGUUUUAACAAUGUGCUGUUUCACAUUAACCAAGACAUUUAUUUUGAAAGUACUAUUGCCUAUGUACUAUGACUAACUUGACAGGACAAUGCAGAUGUUUUGUUGCUAACAGUUCUUGACCAUUUUACUGGGGCACAUCACAUGACACGUGCCCCAGUAAAAUUUAUACUCUAUAUUCUGAGCAGCAUGUAUGUUGCUAUGAAUGCUUCUACACACUGACCUGCCCCUCCUCUCCCAAAAGCCUGUAUUUUGUGCAGCGUUGUCUCCCAAAGUGAUAAAAAAGCAGCACAGAUCCCUUCCCAUUGAAUGAGACUGAAAUUGGAAAUGCACCGCUAGUGGUCACAUACAAUGAGCCAUCAAGAAGACCCUUCAGCUGAGACUUUCUACAGCCUUCUUCAGAUAAUGGAACAGGCUUAGUUAUUAUGACAAGACCUCAGAACGACACUGAGUCACUUGCAUGUGAGACCAGAGACAGUGGUUACCAUCUCCAACUGUAUACAUCCACCUGUUAUCAUGUGACUGUGUUGGACUAGCGUCAUGUGAUGACAACUGAGGAAGUUCGCUUUACUUAGGAAAGCCAUGGGAUGUGGUCAAAAGCUCCAACACAAGAAUGUGAGGGUUGUGUUUAGACCCAAGGUCAUAAAUGAACCCCCACGCUUGCUGAAAUAUUGUUUCUGUGUGCUUCAAACACAUUUUCCUGUUACUGUGUUGUAGUUAAACAUAUUUCCCUAUUUUCAUAUUUACAUGUAUAUUUUUGUUUUCUAUUACUGAAUGUGGUUGGGUUCAAAUUGAAAGCAAAGCCAGAUCUAGUCAAUGAAAAGAGACAAGUUGGCUCCAACUGAGGUGAAGACAUGUCAGCUCAAGAUAGAAAUGUUUUAUCUUAAUUUAAAGAUUAUCUUUGAUUAUUCAAGAAAUGUUUAUAAUUCACUUUAAGUGAGAUUAUUUUGUCUUGUGUUUUCUUGUGAGAAUAGAGUUUCCACUGUGGCUCAAAGCUCAAAAGCUUUUCUCGUAGACUCCACAACUAUUCUCUAGCAUUAAAUGUCUUAUCUGUUUCUCUGGGUCAGCCUCUUAUUGCCCUUGGGUGUAUGAGCUCUUUCCUUUCAGCUGAAUCACACUGUCAUUCUUACUUUUAAUAAAUAUCACAAAGACAACUA